CUGGAGGGUCGGCCGCACAUCUGGAUGAAGGAGAGGGAUGAAAAAGUAACCCGGAAAACACGACUUUUAGAUUCAGUCACAGCAGGAAAACUUGGAUAAUCGGCGCUCGGUCUCUCGCGCUCGCCUGGAAACAAAACGAGACGAACCAAAUGCAGAUUUCGCUCAUCUGCGGCUCCAGUUGUGAAGGGAUUGGCAUCAGCAGCUGUCGCACUGUUGAUGAAAAUUAGCGAGCUGCGGGCCCUGCUUGGUGAAGAGGCAUCGCUGGCCCUUGUUGCUCGGUAGGAGAGCUGUUUUGGGUCCAACGAGGAGGAGAAGAGAAGCAUUUUGGGCGGCGAGAUGCACCGUGUGGAGGACUGAGCUUCAUCACCUCACCCGCUGCUGGGCUCCGACAUGGGAGAAUGAAGCAGGACCUCGCAGCCAUGAAGACGCCCCCAUGUUGCGCUGAGCUGGGAAUACCUGCGAAGAUGCCUGUUCACCCUGGGGAAGAAUGGUUCGCUCCACUACUGUUCCCCUCCCAGAGGCAGGGGACAUCAACGCCAGUCUCUGCCACCUCGUUACGGGGCUGCUGAACCUCUCCAAGAGACUGUCGAUGGAGAACAUCUCCAUGGCGAACGUUUCCCUGGGCUCCCGGUCGCCCCCGGAGCCGGUCACGCCUACAGCGGAGGCCCCGGAAGGCCUGCAAGGCAUCAGCCUGCCUCUGCAGGUCUUCUUCUGCUUCGUCAUGGUCGCCAUCCUGCUUUUGGCUCUGUUGGGAAACGUGGUCGUGUGCCUGAUGGUGUACCAGAGAUCCGCCAUGCGUUCGGCCAUCAACAUCCUCUUGGCCAGCCUGGCGUUCGCAGACAUGAUGCUGGCCGUCCUGAACAUGCCCUUCGCUCUGGUCACCGUUGUGACCACCAAGUGGAUUUUCGGAAACGUUUUCUGUCGAGUUUCGGCCAUGCUCUUUUGGUUCUUCGUGAUGGAGGGUGUGGCUAUACUGCUUAUAAUAAGCAUAGAUCGUUUUCUUAUAAUUGUCCAGAAGCAAGAUAAGCUGAGCCCACAGAGAGCCAAAGUGCUCAUAGUGGUCACAUGGGGACUCACUUUCAUUUUCUCUUUCCCCCUGGCUGUUGGUUCCCCUCCUCUACAGAUCCCCCCCAGGGCCCCUCAGUGUGUGUUUGGCUACAGCGUUGAGGCUGGCUACCAUGCCUAUGUAUUGAUACUAAUGUUAGUCUUCUUCUUCAUACCUUUCAUGGUCAUGCUGUACACAUUCAUGGGGAUCCUGAACACCAUCCGCCACAACGCCAUCCGCAUCCACAGCCACCCAGAUGGCAUCUGCCUGAGCCAGGCCAGCAAACUGGGCCUGCUCAGCCUCCAGAGGCCCUUCCAAAUGAACAUAGACAUGAGCUUCAAGACCCGUGCCUUCACCACCAUCCUCAUCCUCUUCUCCGUGUUUACAGUGUGCUGGGCCCCCUUCACUGCCUACAGUCUGGUGGCUACCUUCAGCGAUAGCUUCUACCGUAAAGACAGCUUUUUUCAAAUCAGCACAUGGGUCCUGUGGUUGUGCUACCUCAAGUCAGCCCUCAACCCUCUCAUUUACUACUGGCGGAUCAAGAAGUUCCGUGACGCCUGCCUCGAUCUGAUGCCCAAGUACUUCAAGUUUCUUCCUCAGCUGCCAGGCAACACGAAGAGGCGCAUACAGCCAAGCGCAGUGUACGUGUGUGGAGAGCAUCGUUCUGUGGUUUAAAGGAAAAAUCCACCCUCAAACAAUUCAACACUGUUCAAAGCACAUCUUUACAUGAAGUAUCUUGCAGGUCUGGGCCUUUGUUGUUUGUUGUUUGGUGGUACACUUCUCUUAGCAGAUGUUGAGAAAUAAAGCAGCGCUGCAUUAAAAAAGUUCAGGUUGUGUUGCUGCAGGCACCAGGGAGAAAAUGAAAUGCAAUCCAAAAAAAUGUUUGUGUCAAACAUCCAUGAGUUUUAAGGCUUAUUAGAUGCCAAACACCUGUGCACCGUGGUUUGUAAUACGAUUAAACAGGAUUUUACAACUUUGGAAAGGAGCUAGGCACUGUUUGAUACCAGUUCCAGUACCAUACCUGAGAUUCACUGUUGAAACAGUACUUGUUUGAUAUGUUACAGUAAGAAUGUACACACUACUUUCUACUAAACCCUUGUUUCAUUUCACAAAAAAAGCCAAGCUUGUCUGACAUUAAAUGUCUAAAUACAAACCACUAUACAAGGAUUUGCCUGAAUAAAAUACAGCAUUAGAUUAGCAAGGCUUUGAUGGAAAUUGAAUACUAUCUGUGAUAAAACUCAAGGUUUUUGAUUGUAUGCCACACUCUCCCAUAAUAAGGUGUGACCAAUACAUACAGCUUCUGUCAUGGGAUUACAAGUGGUUGUGUAUGGUGUCUGAUGUGGUUGAAAGCUCUGGAACUAGUAAGGCAACCUUGAUUUUAGAUUAUUUGAUCACAAAUAGCUGUUCUCCUCCUCUUCAAGGUCAGUUUCUGGUACUUGGCACAUUUUGAUUAUGGUACCACAGAAACAAUAUAGUCCGCACUAAAAGGUACCGUGGGUUGACACCCAGCUGUACUCUGGAAAGUGAUCACAGCAGUCACAGUUCAUGGUAAAGAGUAGAAUGUCACUGUUCUCAUGACAGAAUGAUCUUUCAAUGCGUGCUGCUGUUUGAUUGGACAGUGCAGUGCAGGAUGACACCGUGUUCUGGCAAAAAUUGAAUCAGGAAGACCUGCGUUUUCUUGCUGGAGCCCUGCAGCCCCCCGAAGAGUUUUCACGCUUAGCUGAUGUAGCUGUGACUUUCCAUUUUGCACUGAAGUUCAACAGCAGUCAGGGUGUGUAUGAACACUGUAGGUCAUGGGAUAUCAAACUGGUGAAAGGCGACUGGACUCACCGUGUGGAAGGAUUCCCAUUCUGAAAGGAGAGAAAACAUGGUGGCUGCGCUGAAAGCAGCUGCAGUGUCGGAGUUACAGUUCAUUUAGAGUCGCUCCUCAUGCACUAGAUGGUCCCAUAUGUAUCGGCUGGCUUUAUUUAAAUCUCAGUUCACAUUUCUGAGAGUUGAAUCUGGAUUUUCAAAUUGGAGCUUGUAGUCUACACUGGAAGUCCAGUUGCCUUUGAUUCUUGCAUUCAGCUCAUCGUAUAUCAAGUCAUCCCAGUCUCAGAUAGCAAACCAAACAACUGGUACAUUCGUCUUUGAGUUCUUGUAGAUAAACAACAUACAGGAAAGAAUCCUCGGUUGAAGAAGUGGAGACACUCCACCAACAGCAGUGCCAGCAGCAGGGCUGGCUGUUGUUUAAACUGCUAAACUAAUACCUGAGUCUUCAUACCAGUACUGGAAUAAUAUGUUAAAGUUCUCACAUGUUAAAUGAACACAAGCAACCAGAAUAGAUCUGCUUUUUUAAUUUAAAUACAGUCAAAUCAGCCAAAUGGUUGUUGAAGUCAGGGACUAUCAGGUCCUGUCCAAGUAUCUGAUGCCAGCUUUUGAUCACUGACAGUUUUUAAUACUUGGUUGUAUCAGUUGUAAGAAAGGUUCUUCAGUUGGAUUUGCAGCUCAGCUCAAUAGAGCAGAAAGCUUUCCUGCUAAGAAUACAACCUUGAAUAAGUGUGCUGCCUUGCUCUCAUGCUAUCACUAUACAGAUAGAUUGUACUACAGUUUUUCUCUGAGGGCGAUACAACGUCAUUCCAAGUGAAUGCACUUCAUUUCAAGUGAAGUAGCCAACCGAAGGAAACUAUAAAAGUAAAUGAAAACACUUUGUAACUCCUGGAGUGCGCUGAAUGGCAUGUUCUGUGUGUGAGAGUAGAAACGGGUGAAUUUUUCCUUUAAUGCACUGAGGAGACGGCCGCUGCUGGGUUUGACUUGAUCAUACGUCUUUUCUUGAAUCACGAGCCGUGGGGAAAGGACAGCGUGUUUUAGCUGCGUAGAAUGUGUUUUAUGAGGCAUGUAAAUUAACAGCUUAAGUGGAAUUUGAAUGUGGCUAUGACACGUUUGAACGUGUGUAUUUCUAUUUAAAUGUUUUGGAUGUGCCUAUUGAUUAGUCCAUUUGCCAGUCAGAAUGCUGCUAUAUCUGGUGAA